UGACCGACACGAGAGUCCCAUCAGGACAAACUGCAGCUCAAACGUCCAGACACUGAGCACUCUGUCCAAGUGAACAAUCUGCACUUGCCUGGCUGAGAACUUGGGACCUAUGGCUUCCUGCAAUCUCUCCCUUGGGGGGAAAUCUCUAGGAAGGAGACUCAAGGAGAUGACAACGAUCCUGUUUCUUCUGGCUUGUGUUUGGGGCAUAGCUCACAGCACAGAGCCGACAGAUACAGAACAACCUGAGAUCCGGCUGGUGAAUGGUUCCAGUCGCUGCAGUGGGAGAGUGGAAGUGCUCCAUAAUGGGUUGUGGGGCACUGUUUGUGACGACAGCUUUGGCAUCGAGGAAGCCAAAGUCGUCUGCCGGCAGCUGGGCUGCGCAGCUGCAAUAUCAGCCUUACGUGAAGCACAUUUCGGAAGAGGAAUCGGCAACAUCUGGCUGGAUGAGCUCCGAUGCACAGGGACUGAGUCUGCCCUCAGUCAGUGCCCAGCGAGGCCUUGGGGAGACAAUGACUGCCAUCACGGAGAAGAUGCUGGUGUUGUGUGCUCAGAGGUGAGGUUGGCGGGUGGUUCAACUUCCUGCACCGGCAGAGUUGAGUUGCUUAAUAACCAAAGAUGGGGAACCGUGUGUGACAACGGCUGGGAUUUAGCCGAUGCCCAAGUCGUCUGCCGGGAAGUAGGCUGCGGAAAUGCUUUAGCUGCAGCGGGUGCAGCGAAAUUUGGACAUGGAACCGGUCCUGUCUGGCUGGAUCAAGUGAACUGCACAGGAGAAGAAGACAGUUUAAGGAAAUGCCCACCAAAAACCUUGAGGGAACAUAGCUGUGACCAUAGCAAUGACGCCGGUGUGGAGUGUGCAGAACCACCCGAGAUCAGAUUAACAAACGGCCCCAAUCACUGUUCUGGAAGAGUUGAGAUAUUGCAUGAAAAGCUCUGGGGGACCAUUUGCGAUGACGAUUGGGACCUCGAUGAUGCCAAGGUUGUGUGUCAGUAUCUUGGCUGUGGAAGUGCUUUAUCAGCUCCACGAGGCUCUCGUUUUGGACCAGGAAGUGGUCCCAUCUGGCUGGACGGCAUAAACUGCACCGGGUCAGAGACGGCUGUCAGCAAAUGCGAAGCAAAAGCAUGGGGGGAACAUGACUGCACCCACACGGAAGAUGCCGGCGUCGUGUGUGCAGAGCUCCGCCUAGUGAAUGGACCGAGCCGCUGCUCUGGGAGGAUUGAGGUGUAUCACAACCACGAGUGGGGGACCAUUUGUGACAACGACUGGGAUUUAAACGAUGCCAAUGUCGUGUGCAGAGAACUGGACUGUGGAACCGCCUUAAAAGCUACCCCAGGAGCACACUUUGGCCAAGGCCCCAAUACCAUAUGGCUAGACAAAGUCAACUGCACGGGAAAAGAAACGUUCCUGAAUGAAUGCCCCAAAAGCGCCUGGGGAGAGAAUCGCUGUGACCACAGGAGGGAUGCCAGUGUGGAGUGCUCAGAUCCAAAUGAGGUAAGACUGGUGAACGGGACAAGUCGCUGUGCAGGGAGAGUUGAGGUUCUCCACAACCAGCAGUGGGGGACGGUGUGUGAUGACGGCUGGGAAAUUGCCAACGCUGAAGUUGUGUGCAGGGAGCUGGGAUGCGGGGUUGCCCAGUCAGCCCCACGCAGUGCUCACUUUGGAAGAGGAAAUGAUCCCAUCUGGCUGGACGACGUCAAAUGCAAAGGGACAGAAGCUGCCCUCCGGGACUGCCGCCUGAAAGGAUGGGGAGAACAUAACUGCAACCAUGGCGAAGAUGCCGGCGCUAUUUGCUCAGAACUCAGGCUGGUGAAUGGCUCAAGCCGCUGCUCCGGCAGAGUGGAGAUAUACCACAACUCUGAAUGGGGGACCGUGUGUGAUGACCGCUGGAGCAUGAAACACGCCGAGGUCAUCUGCAGGGAGCUGAGCUGCGGUGUCGCUCUACGAGCCAACAUGAAAGCUCACUUUGGACAGGGCACGGGGCGCAUCUGGCUGGAUGACGUGAACUGCGCAGGGACAGAAACGGCCCUCAGCGACUGCCCAGCUAAUUCCUGGGGAGUCGGCAACUGCAAUCAUGGAGAAGACGCAGGCGUGGAGUGUGCAGACCCAGUGGAGCUGAGGCUGGUCAAUGGCUCACAUCGGUGCUCUGGGAGGGUGGAGGUGUUUCAUCUCCAACAGUAUGGAACCGUGUGCGAUGACAGCUGGGACCUGAAUGACGCCGCAGUGGUGUGCAGGUACCUUGACUGUGGAACGCCCAUAUCUGCCCCACGUGGAGCUCGGUUUGGACGAGGAUCUGAUCCCAUCUGGAUGGAUGAUGUGGAGUGUACAGGAACAGAAACUUCCAUCACUGAUUGCAAGGCCAAGCCUUGGGGAAGCAAUGACUGUAACCAUGGAGAGGAUGCUGGCGUUAUAUGCUCAGAUGAUCUCAGGCUGAUCAAUGGUUCUAAUCACUGCAGCGGGAGGGUGGAGGUCCGGACAGCCCACAGUGAUGAGUGGGGGACCGUAUGUGACCACACCUGGGACUUAAGUGAUGCUGAAGUGGUGUGUCGGCAACUGGGCUGUGGAAAGGCAUCGGCAGCCCCAGGCGGAGCUCAUUUUGGACGUGGAUCAGGUUCCAUCUGGUUGGAUGAUAUCAAUUGCAAAGGCACAGAAGAUGUCCUCCAAGAAUGCAGAGCAAACAGACAGGGGAACAGCUGUAAUCACGGAGAAGAUGCUGGAGUGGUUUGUUCAGAGUCGUCCACGCUGGACGUGGGCAACGUCAGACUGGAAGACGGUCCCCACAAAUGCGCCGGCAGGGUGGAGGUCUACCACCAGCAGCAGUGGGGAACCGUGUGUGACGACGGCUGGGGCCUUCCGGAUGCCAACGUGGUGUGCAAGCAGCUGGGCUGCGGGUUUGCUUUGGAAGCCCCGCACUCAGCACGUUUCGGACGAGGUCCUGGCGCCAUCUUUUUGGACGACGUGAACUGCACGGGGACGGAGCAAUCCCUCAAAGACUGCCGGGGACGUAACAUAGGAGAGCACGACUGCGACCACGCAGAGGACGCUGGCGUGAAAUGCUCAGGUCAAAUGGAGCUGCGAUUGGCUGGAGGCCCCAACUCCUGCACUGGUCGGGUGGAGUUUAACAAUAAUGGCACGUGGUCUUCUAUUGGUGAAACUGGCUGGAGUCUUAAAGAGGCCACGGUGGUAUGCCGGCAACUGGGUUGUGGAUUAGCGCUGUCUGCAACGACGGGCAACGAAUAUGGCACGAAUUCAGGCCAGGCCUUCCUGGAUGAGUUAAAAUGUACUGGAUCUGAGGCAGCCUUAACAGAAUGCCAGGCCGUACCUGCAGGCCCCCACAAGUGCAUCUGCGGCUCCUACGCGGGAGCGGUGUGCGAGGGACCGUCAGACUCCAGUACAACUGUUGCAGUGAUUCUGAGUCUCUUAGCUAUUGCCCUGAUUAUCGGCGGGGUCGUGUUCUACCUGCGGAGGAAGAGAGUGAAAUUAUUUUCAGUGAAUCCUUUCAAUUGUAGAGGAGAAGCAUUUAUGGAAAAUAUCACCGUGGGAUCGGAUAUGGUUAAUGGCAUUCGAGAGAUGUAUUCCCGGGGAAGAGAGCAAAUCGUACCCACAGUGGACCCUGAUGGCGACACCGUCUGCCUGGUGAAAAACACCUCUGAGGCUCGCACAGACAACAUAAAUUGAUAAAUGGGGAGGGGGCGAUGGCUUGGAUGCUGAUGAGAAAUGAGCACCUGCCAGGAGACAGGCCUUCUGCCAUCCAUUCACAGAAGGAGGCCAUAUCCAUGCCACCGGCUCUUGCAUUGCUACCAUGAAUUUACAGAGACUACAUAUGUUUUGCUGGGUUCCCUGAGAACAUGCAGGUAUCCCGGCUUGGGAGUACCAAAAGGAAGUGGGGACUCCUUAGGCAGGGACAGAAGAGAACAAACUGGAAGUCCUUGGGAACAUCCACAAUGCCAAAAAAAUUUAAGUCUUUGGAAAGUUGUUUCAAAAUCCUUGCUUUCUGGCCAUUACAUGCAACAACUCUUGAUCCGAGCUUCCCUGCUGUAACCAAUCCAGAGCAUGCUUGUCACGCACUAAAUAGUAAGACUGAGAAAUCAUACUUCCUGCUGCUCUAGCUCACUUGCAAAAUCCACCCCGCCCCUGAAAAUUCUUCCUAGAGGGGCAGGCACUUUCAAACGUGGAAAAUGAAGUGGUACAGUCCCUUCAUGAGAACUAUAUCUCUUCUCCAUCAUACACCUGAAUCAUCAUUCUCUCCCCGUCCCCAAGACCAUCCAAGUACUAACCUGACUCUGCUGAGGUUCUGAUUUAGAUGAGAUUGAGUGUGUAUAUAGCCAUAGCUUGGCAUAUUGAUAUCCUUAAGUCAAUUGGUCACUUGCCCUACAAGGAAAAGGUUUAACUGCAUGUGUUAAUCUGGAUGAGUUAAGUUUUCUAUUUGCCUAUUGAUUAAACAUUGAUGCUAGACUAAA